AUGGCGAAGAAAAAGAAACAAAUACAUUUGAAUAUAAUAGAUUUUCAAAAAUACUAUCAAAAAGAUGAUUUAAUAAUACAACCAACGCCAGUUGUUGAAAAUACCAUAGAAGAAAAGAAAAAAAAAAUUUUUGAAAAAAAUGAAUAUGUUCAGAAUAUUGAAUGGCGAACUACAGAAAGUCCGGAUAAAAAAAUAAACAACAAAAUAAAUGAUGAUAAUAAUCAAUUUAAAAAAAGCGAUAGUACUAUAAUAUUAGGAUCGAGGGGAAAAAACAAACUAACUGACACGAAAGAAGAUGUUGAUUUUGCUAAUUUAAGAAAUAAAAAAAAUGAAGAGGAUGUUGAUUUUGCUAAUUUAAGAAAUAAAAAAAAUGAAGAGGAUCUUGAUUUUGCUAAUUUAAGAAAUAAAAAAAAAGAAGAGGAUGUUGAUUUUGCUAAUUUAAGAAAUAAAAAAAAUGAAGAUGUGGAUUUUGCUAAUUUAAGAAAUAAAAAAAAAGAAGAGGAUGUUGAUUUUGCUAAUUUAAGAAAUAAAAAAAAUGAAGAUGUGGAUUUUGCUAAUUUAAGAAAUAAAAAAAAAGAAGAGGAUGUUGAUUUUGCUAAUUUAAGAAAUAAAAAAAAUGAAGAUGUGGAUUUUGCUAAUUUAAGAAAUAAAAAAAAAGAAGAGGAUGUUGAUUUUGCUAAUUUAAGAAAUAAAAAAAAAGAAGAGGAUAUUGAUUUUGCUAAUUUAAGAAAUAAAAAAAAUGAAGAGGAUCUUGAUUUUGCUAAUUUAAGAAAUAAAAAAAAAGAAGAGGAUGUUGAUUUUGCUAAUUUAAGAAAUAAAAAAAAUGAAGAGGAUCUUGAUUUUGCUAAUUUAAGAAAUAAAAAAAAUGAAGAGGAUGUUGAUUUUGCUAAUUUAAGAAAUAAAAAAAAUGAUACUGAAACAAAAAUUGAAAAACCAUAUCAUCUGAAAAGAUUAGAAGAAUUAAGAAAACAAAAACAAUUGAAAAGACAAGAAACUGAUAUUUCUCAAAAUGUGAAACUAGAGGAAAAUGGAAAGAUAUAUGAAAAGGGAGAAGUAAAAGUAGACGAAAAAAAAGAAGUAAAAAUAGACGAACAAAAAGAAGAAGAAGUAAAAACAGAUGAUACUAUAAAAAGUACUGAGGAAACAAAACCAAAGGAAAGUGCAAAACCAGAACCCAUAGCUGAAAAAAGUGAAAUAGAUGGUAAUAACGAAACAAAAAUGAGCGAAACUCCAAAAAAAAAAUACAUACCUAAAAGAGUAAUAAUGUAUCAAGAAGAAUUAAAAAAAAAAGAAGAAGAAUUAAAAAAAAAAGAAGAAGAAUUAAAAAAAAAAGAAGAAGAAAGAAAAAAACAAAGAGAAUUAUCUAAACAAAUUAAAAGCCAAACAAGUGAUGGAUCGAAUGUGUUCAUACCUUCUGCUAAAUUAUUACAUUUAGAAAGUUUAAAAGAAGAUAAAAAGGAAACAAAAAUAGAAAUAAAGAAAGAUUCUAAAAGUGUUAUUACCACUCCCGGAAGUAAAAAAAAUGCAAUAAUCUUAAACAAAUACAAAAGUGCCGAAAAAAAUGUAAAAAAUAUAUUUUUAGAAAUAGCUGAAAAAACUGAAAAUGCUAAAAUUGUAGAAAAAAUGGAUAUAGAAGAAAUUGCAAAAAAAAAGAGAGAAGAAUUAUAUAAAAAACAAUUAGAAAAAAUCACUAAAAUCAAUGAAGAAAAUACUAAAUAUAAUAACAUAUAUAAACAUGAUAUAAAUAUUAUUAAGUCGUUUUAUAGUCAGAUUAAAGAUAAAAUUUUACAAAACUAUUUAUUUACUGAAGAUGAUACUGCUAACAUUUGUGCUAUUCUGAAAACAGAUGAAUGUAACUAUUUGGAAAGUCAUGUUCCCUUUUACGUGGCUAUAUCUGUUUUCAUUUUAAGCCUACCACAAAAAUUGGAAGAUGAUAUAUAUAUAAAAAGAGCUAGUCACUUGAAAAAUCUACUUUUUUAUCUAAAACAAAAUAGCAAAAUUGAAAAUCACGACGAUUAUAUAUUAAAUGACAUAAUCAAAUUAUGUGAUGAAUUAAAAUAUCCAUAUUUAUCAGAUGAAACAACAUUAUUGGAAGCAAUUUUUGAUUGCUUAUUAUUUUGUGGAAUAAUUUCAAAGGAUGCAUUUAUAAAAUGGUUUAUGGAUGACAAUUUAGACUCAGAAUUAAAAAGCAAAGCCAUGUUACAGCUAAUAUACUGGAAUAAUUGGCUAAAAGAUGAAAUAAACGAUGAAGAAUAUGUAGAAGACGAUCCAGAAGAACAUAUAGAAGAAAAAGCUGCUGAAGAUGAUAUUGAAAAAAAUGUACCCAAGAACUUUAUUUUUAGAAAAAUUAAAAAGAAAUUUCUCUAA